AUGAGGCUCUCAAUGAAAUACAUAUUAAUGCUACUUCUUACAAUCGUUACAGAGAUAUGGGCACAAGCAAAUGAGCCAGAUCAUUUCUUUGAUUUUACAAAAGUGACGAAUUACAAUGGCAUCGACUAUGUCUUUGAUUAAGUAACAAAGGAUGAUAAAGUUUCAUUCGGCUUCUUACCUGAUAGACCACAGUGUGGAUAAUAUUAACCUUCUACCUAUCCAAUGAAAGGGCCUGAUGGCUUAUAAUUUUCUAAAUUCACUGACUCUAUUCGUAUUGAAAAUGCUGCCAAUAUGCAAUUGACUAAUAAAUUCUUGAUUGCAAUAUGGUUCAAGUCUUUCGACAUGAGAUUUAAUAAUGAGAAUAGGUACUAGAAAUUAUUUACUUAGCAGAGAUAUGAUUCCAGUUCCUAAUCAUAAAUUGCUGUCACAUAAGGAAUGUUUGAGAAUUAGUACAUAUAUUAUUUUGACGCUUCAGUCCAAGUAUAUUAUGAUACUAGUCAAACUACCAUGGUUAGAAUAACAUUGCAAACAACCAAAUUUGUAGAAGGAUGGCAGCUAAUAUCUGUGUCAUUAGAUUCUACCUAGAGUAAUACAGUGAAGUUGUAUAUGAGACUUAGAAAUGCAAAGGAGUAGAUUUCAGCAUCAGAAUAAUGGGGGAAUUGGAUAUGGAAUGAUUUAUCCUCAGCUAAAUCAGAUUACUAUAUAGGAGCAAGUUGUGAUGCAAACUAAAAAAGAUUCUAAUAUGGGGGAAUGCUAACUAUUGCAAGAUUGUAUGUUUGGAAAAGCAUGUCAAAUGUUGCAGCUUCUUCAGACUCAGUCUUUGAUAAAUAUUUCUUUAGACAAAACGGAAACCCAAUGCCUAUAUGCAUUGGUACUCUGCCUUGCUCAUUUUGUGUAGUAAAUUACCCUACUCCUACUACAUUUAAUACAAAGCUUACCUGCACUACUGAGGGCUAUGAUGAAAGUAAGAUUUACUUGGCUAAAUGGGAAUUUGAUGAGGAUCCAGGCAAUACUUAGUACAUCCUUGAUUAGAGCAUUCAUAAAAGACACAUUAUGAAAAGCAAUGUUAAUCAAGUUGAUGGUGGAGAACCGUUUAGAAUAUUUGGUUAAGGCUAUCUGCUAUACGGAACUUUGUCGUUAUUAGUUUCAAGUGUCCCGUAACUAAACACAUAGGGUCAAUUCACAUUAGAAAUUUGGAUGAGAAAGCAUUGGGAUUAGAGUAUCUAUGACUCAACCCUGAACUAUGGCUUUAUACCUAUAGAUAUUGUUGAUCAAGCAACUCAGACCAAAAUUUAUUUCCGCCUGACAGUUUCAGAUAAAGAUUAGUUCCUGUAAUUGCAUUAUGAAAAUGGAAACUACUUUUUACAUUAUUAUCCUGGUUUACUUAAUUCUACUAGAUGGUACUUUGUCUCAGUCACUCAAAUGACUUAUUUAAACCCCCAAGCAAGCUAUGGACGAGAAUACCAAGCUUAUACAAAAACCUCUGUUGAUAAUGAUUUCAAAACAAUAAUCUUCGCUAACAGUUAUCCUUAGAUAAAAUUUACUGGCUAGCCAUUAAUGAGAAUAAUCAAUAAGAGAUCUAUAGUUAUUAGGUCAUUUAGGAUAUUUGGAUAUGCUAAACUUGAAGAAGAAGUAAGGAAUUCUUUUACAGCAACUUGCGCUAAUCUCGGAAAUCAAGGAGGCUGCCCUAUUUGCCCAUCCAGUACAAAAACUUGUAUUAGCACGUGUAAUGAAACAUAGUAUGGCGAUUCAUGUAGCUCUUGCCAUAAAUUUUGCGGCCAUUGCACAGGACCUUUAAAAGAAAAUUGUACUUAUUGCUCUAGAACUGUAGCUCCAGCAAAUAUAUUUUAUUCGUAACCCUUUGGAAAUUGUACUUGUAUGCCAGGGAAUUACUACGACACUACUGCUGAUUCUUGUCUACCUUGUCAUGCAAAUUGUAAGGAAUGCUUUGGACCAAAACAAUCAGAAUGCAUGAUCUGUGCCACAGGAAAAAUUUUCUACCCUAAUGCUAUUUGCGUUAAUGACUGCAGUGAUCCUCUUGUUGUUAAUGGAUCUUUAAAUGGUUUCUUUACUUAAACAGAGUUUUUAGGAGGUAAAAGCCAACAAAUAUGCAUAAAAUGUCAUCCAUUUUGUUCGAAAUGUACUGGUGGAUUGAAUUCUUAAUGCUAAGAAUGUCUCCAAGGCUACCUACUCCUGGGAAGUUCAUGUCUUGAUUCUUGCCCAGAUGGAAAGUAUCCUGAUUUUAUAGCAAAGAAAUGCGAUAAUUGUAAUACAGAUUGUUCAUCAUGCAAAGGCCCGUCCUUCAAAGAUUGUUUGACCUGUAGUAAUCCACUCUAUUAUCAGUAAGGUGGCUAAUGCAAAGCAAAGUGUGACGAUGGUUUCUACCCUGAUGCUAAAUCUGUCUGCUAGCCAUGUAAUGUAGCUUGUGGGACCUGUACUAAUAAAUUUUCAACUACAUGUGGAUCUUGCGUAACUGAUUAUUUUCUUCAACCAGGUACUUCUGAAUGCAAAUCUAACUGUCCUGAUGGCUAUUAUGGUGAUCCAGUCACUCACGCUUGUGUGCUUUGUCACUAUUCUUGCUAAACUUGCAGUGGCUAUGGAGCUGAUACCUGUACAGUAUGUGCAACUGGAUUCUUAAGGAGAGGUGCUUUUUGUGUGGAAAAGUGCAACGACGGAGAAUUCGAAAUAUAAGGUACUUGUAAGUCUUGUGACUCUAAAUGUUCAAGUUGCUUUGGGGUUAAAGAUGAUUAGUGUUACUCAUGCAAUGAGAAUACUCUUACAACAUAUGGAUACUAUUUCUUAGGCACAAAAUGUUUAGAAGAAUGUCCAAUAGGCUACUAUCCAGACAAUAUCCUCAAGAUAUGUAAGAAAUGUAAUCCUAGGUGUGCUAGUUGCUUAUCUGAUACUUUUUGCACAUCAUGUGUUGAUGGCCCUUUCUAGCUUAAUAAUGGAGAGUGCACAUUUUUUACUUGUUUAGAUACUCAGUAUAGAGUGAUCAAACCUUCUCUAGCUUGCUAUGAAUGUGAUUCUUCUUGUUUAACAUGUCAGGGUAAGAGUUAGUUUGAUUGUCUGUCUUGCAGAUCAAAGAAUCAACUCGUUGCCCAAUAAUGCCUGACAUGUAAUGAAUAGCCUGGAAUGACUGAGCCACUUGAUGAUGGUGUUGCUGGUUGUGUUGAAAUAUGUGGAGAUGGUUUCAAUUAUGGCUUCUACUAAUGCGACGAUGGUAAUGUUGUAAAUGGCGAUGGUUGCUCAUCUACUUGCAACAUUGAAUCUGGCUUUAACUGCACUGCAGGGACAAAAAUUUCUCCAAGUGUUUGCAUGGACAAUAAAAAUCCCACUCCAUAGAUCAGCUUAGUAACUGCAUCCAACCUCUUACUUAUCUAAUUCGACGAAGAAGUCUCCCUCAUGGAAGAGCUAACAACUAAUAAUCUUAAGAUUUCAGUAAGUGGUUCUCAAGAACCUUACAAGUUUGAAUGGAGACUAAUGGACUAAUAUAAAACAUCAGAACCCCUCCAAGUAAUAGGGAUUCAACUUACCUUUUAUUAGACUCUAAAGGGAGAUUAAAAGGAAUAAGCAGUAGUAAUUUUCUAAAACUCAACUAUCUAUGCUGAUGCUACAGGGAAUGGUAUGAUAACACUUCCCUUAUAUGCUUACUUGAACAAAUAUGAUUAUAUAGACCCAGAAACUAAGGCCAAAUUAGACUCUGCUGGAGACACAUCUAUGCUAGCUACCUUCGGUGCAGUGGCUGUGAAUCUAGCUAUAUCAUUAGUAUUCGGUGGAUCUAUUUCAGCAAUGUGGACUAUGGUAAAUACAAUUUAACUUAUCAGUCUAUUGCCUUUGUGUGGCAUAAACUAUCCGGCUAUAACUGUGUUGGUAUUUCAAAAAAUGCUUGCUUCUCACGGAGAGUCCACUAUCAUACCCAACCUCCUUUAUGAUUAUCUGAUUCACAGACCAGGCUCUGAUGUCUAGGUAGAACCAGCUUUAAAUAAUAAAUUUAGUGAAUAUGGUUGGACGGUUAGCAAUUUCUUAUAUCUUUCCGGCAGGAAAAUAUUGAUUUGGACCGCAAUUAUAAUAGGAUAUCCUUUCGUAUGGUAUAUCGAAAAAAGAUAUGCUGACAAGCAUAAAAUAUGUAAACUAUGGAGUAAAGUAGAGUAGAAAUUUAGAUAUACAUUGCUAUUGAGAGGAGUCAUAAUGUCCUAUGUUUCUAUGUAUUUGGCUUUCAUCUUAGGUAUAUUCUAAAUGGACUUAACCACCAUGGGGAAUACCAUCUCUGCUUUUGCAGCCAUUGGCUUUGGUAUUAUCCUUACCUAUCUACCAAUUUUACUGAUGAACAUUUUGCAACGUAACUACCAGAAAAUUUAAACAGUCAAAUUUAUGCUAUCAUACUCUACAAUUGUGAAAGAAGUUGACUUAAGUCAUCCAAUUAAGUACAUGUACUAUCCUGUUUUUCUAAUGAGAAGAGCUUUGUUCUCAAUAUCACUUGUACUCUUUGCCAAUAGUCCUUUCAAUUAGAUAGUAUUUAUGAGUGCUACUUCUAUAGUUAUGAUAGUAUACAUUAUUUUGAUUAGACCUUAAAAAGAUAAGAUUAUGAUUGUAUUGACUGCUCUUGGUGAAGUUUUGCUUUUGUUUUUACAUAUAUUUUCAUUAGUAUUUUUGGAUGAAAAUCUCACAGAAGAGGUUGAAAAUUAGUAUGGCUGGUUUAUUAUCAUCAUAAUAGGUUUCUAUAUUCUGGCUAACUGGGUUAUUAUUGUUACCUUGACUAUAAAAUAGCUUAGACAGAAAUGCAAGGAAAAUAAGUUAAAGAAGAGUUAGUUGAAGUUAAAGCAAAUUGAAGAUGUCGACUUUAUGAAAUGGAAAAAGAGGAAGCAGGUAAGAAACAGAAUAAAUAGGGAAUAGUAAAAAUAUCACAUGAUAGAGGCUCUUGAAGAAGCUAAUCAUCAAAGAACAUCAAUGAUUACUAAUGGAGAUCAACCUAGAAAUGAAGACUAAUAAUUCAGCAAUCAAUUCGGUAGUAGCUACAAAAACCUUUUAAUGCCCGUACCUCCAUAGAAUAUCAUAUCAGCAGGCUUUGAAAUAUCUCCAUUGAAUGCUGGGAUGUUUCUAAGUCCAAAUGCUAAGCAUGGACUCUAAAAAUUUACAUAUAAAGAUUAAUCUUAAAGUAACUAGAAUCUCUAUUAUGUUGAGUAAGCUAUACUUAUUUUGCUUAAUGAUUUUAGUCCAAAUGAUUCCUAUCGAAGUAACUUUUCCAGCGGUAUUCCUCGAUCGACAUUGCAACUAAACAAAGACAAUUAAUCCUAAAAGGUUUCGAGUCAUUAGUAUGAUAUCUGUGACACAUCUCAUUUGCUGAGACCAGCUAGUUAAGGCUCAGGAGGCUAGACUGCCACUAAUGACCAUUCAGUAGGAGAAAAAUCAAUUAAUUCACUCAUUAAGGAUGAAAACGAAUUCUCAGAUUAAAAUAGGACUCCCUCCAUUAUACCUGAAACCAAUGAAUUGGAGUCACCUACUUUUGUCAGAUAAAGCAAGUCUGACAAUAUACAAAAUGAUUUUUCGAUUAAUCAAAUAAACGAAAUGUUAUAACCUGACACUGAAGAAGAUUAUAAUAAAGAUCAUGAAUAAAUAGAAAAUACUUAAUCUUAAGUGGAAUAUAAGACAACCACAAUAAUAGUAGAAAAGCUAGAUUGA